AUGGCCAGCGCUUGCGUGCUCCGUGGUACGGUGCUUGUGGUGUGCGUCCUCCUGGUUCUCUCGUCCGCAUCUGCGGCACGCGAGGCGGCCGGCCGCCAAAGAGCUCAUGGGAGAGAGGCCACGGCGCCGGCGGCAAUGGCAAUGGCGAGAGGGCGUUUCGUCAUGAAGGUGCUGCGGGAGGAGAUGGUCCAGGCGGACGGCCAGGGCGACAUUGGGCAGUCAAAGAGGACCAGCCCCGGCGGCCCAGACCCGCAGCAUCAUUAGCUGAUGUCCGUUUACUGCCGGUCUCGUUGCAUGCAUGAGUUUUCAUGCAACAAAUUACGUAUCUGCCGGGCA